UCAGGGUGCAGGAGACCCCGACGUCGGUGCGGUGUAGCCACGUGGAUGGCUCCGAGGAUCCCGCUGGCCCUCCGGCUCCAAGAUCUGUACGUGGCCCAGAGAGGACUCUCCGAUACACAUUCAGCAUCUGCCUCCAACGCACCCCCUGGCCUCAAAUGGCUGUUUUGGGAGACACGUUACCCUUCUACCCUGGCCCCAAGCCCAACUUCCCGAUGGACACCACCCUGGCAGUCAUCAUUACCAUCUUCCUCACGGCGCUGGUCACCUUUAUCAUCAUCCUACCGGGCAUUCGGGGCAAGAUGAGGCUGUUCUGGCUGCUUCGAGUGGUGACCAGCUUAUUCAUCGGGGCUGUGAUUUUGGCUGUGAAUUUCAGUUCCGAGUGGUCAGUGGGCCUCGUCAGCACCAACAUGUCCUAUAAGGCCUUCAGUUCCGCGUGGAUCCAGGCUGAAGUUGGGCUGCAGAUUGGGCUGCGAGGAGUGAACAUCACGCUCAAAGGAAUUCCUGUAAGGCAGCUGGAUGAGACCAUCAAUUACAAUGAGGAGUUCACCUGGCGCCUGGGCGAGAGCUAUGCCAAGGAGUACACCAAGGCCCUGGAGAAGGGGCUGCCCAACCCUGUGCUCUACCUGGCUGAGAAGUUUACCCCAAACAGCCCCUGUGGCUUGCAUCGCCAGUAUCGCCUGGCAGGACACUACACUUCGGCCUCCCUCUGGGUGGCUUUCCUCUGCUGGCUGCUGGCCAACGUCAUGCUAUCCAUGCCCGUGCUGGUCUAUGGUGGCCACAUGCUGCUAGCCACAGGCUUCUUCCAGCUUCUGGCCCUGGCCUUCUUCUCCACAACUAUAUCAUCUAGCCCACCCUGUCCCUUGCGCCUGGGCCCUGCGGUGCUGCUCAUCCACCCUGGACCUGCCUUUUGGAUCACACUGGCCACAGGGUUGCUCUGCCUACUGCUAGGGAUGGCUGUUGCAGUGGCCCACAGGCUACAGCCCCAGAGGCUGAAAACUUUCUUCAACCAGAGUGCAGGAGAGGACCCUUUGCUGAACUGGAAUCCUGAGGAAGAACUCUUAAGUCCUCGUUACCGCUCCAAGGCUGAGAGUCCAGAACCCCAGAACAUCCCACUCUCAGAGGCUUCCUCCAAUGCCUGCUGCAAAGAGGACCCCGAAGAACCAGACUGUGCCCUAUAAGUUUCCUUUUCCCUAGUGGCUCCAGACCUGUUGGAGCAUCAUAAAGUCACUAAUGCAGUUGGUAAAACG